GCUCCCCAUCCAUGGCACCGCCCGCCGCCGCCGCUCCCCGGGCCGCUGCCCCUGCACCCCGGCGCGGCAUGGAGUAGGGGCCAGGCAGCCUCCUGCGCCGCGCCGAGCCGGGGGUCCCCCCUUGCAGCUCCGCGCCUGGCAGCGCCCCCAGCGCGCCCCGCAGCCCCCCGUCCCCUCCUGGCGCCUGGGCCGCCUCGCCAGCCCAUGGAGGCGGCGGCGGAGAAGGAGAAGCGGCGGCAGCCAGUCCCGCCGCCGGCGGUGGCCGGGGCUCGGGUCUCCCGGCCGGAGAUGCUGCUGCCGCUGCCGCCCGGGAACCGGCACCGGAGCCAGGCUCGCCGGAGAAGGAGGGAGCUGCUGCUGGCUCGGCUCUGCCUCGUGGGCUCGCUCACGCUGCUCCUGGCUUCCCUCUCCAGCUGGGCUGGGCGAUCCGGUUAUGAUGUCUUGAGCUAUCCUGUGGAAACUUACGAUAAGUGGAGUGGGAGGAGGCUGCUGCAGGCAACAGAGGACAAUGCCACUGAGAUCCCAGAGGAGACAGAAAAUCGAUAUAUCAAGAACUGCACUGAACCAGCUCUCCAUGAAUUCCCCAGUGACAUCUUUACAAAUGAGGACAGAAGACAUGGAGCUGUAGUCCUGCAUGUCUUCUGUGCCAUGUAUAUGUUCUACGCUUUGGCAAUUGUCUGUGAUGAUUUCUUUGUCCCUUCAUUGGAAAAGAUAAGUGAACGCCUGCAUCUUAGUGAAGACGUGGCUGGGGCAACUUUCAUGGCAGCUGGAAGCUCUGCUCCUGAGUUGUUUACAUCUGUUAUAGGUGUUUUUAUCACAAAAGGAGACGUAGGAGUCGGAACCAUUGUUGGCUCUGCCGUAUUCAACAUUCUCUGUAUAAUCGGGGUGUGUGGCCUUUUCGCAGGACAGGUGGUUGCACUGUCAUCGUGGAGUCUGCUGCGAGAUUCAACCUAUUACACACUGUCUGUUGUUGCACUCAUUGUGUUUAUUUAUGAUGAAAUCGUUUCUUGGUGGGAGUCCCUCGUCCUAGUACUGAUGUACUUCAUUUACAUCCUGAUCAUGAAGUUUAAUUCCUCCAUACAUCACUGCUUUGAAAGGAAGACAAAAAAUGCUGCAAAUAUGGUGAACGGAUUAGCAAAUAACACAGAAAUGGACGAUAACAGCAAUUGUGACGCCACCGUGGUAUUACUAAAGAAAGGUAACUGUUCCAGGAAUUUCCGUCGUAAAGCCUCGGUGAUCAUGGUGGACGAGCUGCUGUCUGCCUACCCACACCAGCUUUCUUUCUCUGAGGCUGGGCUCCGGAUAAUGAUCACCAGCCACUUCCCUCCCAAAACCCGUCUCUCCAUGGCCAGUCGCAUGUUGAUCAACGAGAGGCAAAGGCUGAUAAACAGCAGAGCCUACACCAAUGGGGAAUCGGAAGUGGCUAUCAAAAUUCCUAUCAAGCAUGCCCUGGAGAACGGGACAGGCCCCAGCAACUCCACUGAAAGGGGCGUGAAUGGGACCCGAAGAGACGAGGACAUGGCUGAGGCUGGAAAUGAGACCGAGAAUGAGGACAAUGAGAACAACGAGAAUGAUGAGGAAGAGGAGGAAGAGGAGGAUGAUAAUGAUGGACCUUACACUCCUUUUGACCUACCCUCUGGCAAAAUGGAAAUCCUGAAGUGGCUGUUCACCUGGCCGCUAAGCUUCCUUCUGCACUUCACGGUGCCCAACUGCAACAAGCCCUACUGGGAAAAAUGGUUCAUGGUCACCUUUGCUUCCUCUACCCUCUGGAUUGCAGCCUUAUCCUACGUGAUGGUGUGGAUGGUUACGAUCAUUGGCUACACGUUGGGUAUUCCAGAUGUGAUCAUGGGUAUCACAUUCCUGGCAGCUGGCACCAGCGUACCGGACUGCAUGGCUAGCCUUAUAGUAGCAAGACAAGGCAUGGGGGAUAUGGCUGUGUCGAACUCCAUUGGAAGUAAUGUUUUUGACAUUUUAAUUGGCCUGGGUCUCCCAUGGGCUCUGCAGACUCUAGCAGUGGAUUAUGGUUCAUAUAUCCAGUUAAACAGCCGAGGACUUAUCUAUUCCGUCGGCUUGCUGCUGGCAUCAGUUUUUGUCACCGUACUUGGUGUCCACAUGAACAAAUGGAAGCUGGAUAAGAAGCUGGGAAUUGUGUGCCUUUUCCUGUACGGCAUCUUCUUAUGUUUCUCCAUCAUGACAGAAUUCAAUGUUUUCACUUUUGUGAACUUGCCGAUGUGCAGAGAUCACUGAUCCAGGUGGCAGACUGUCGAGAGGUACUUCCUUCUUACCUGUGCAAUACAAAACACGGCUGGCAUCUCCAGAACAUGGUGCACCCGACGGUCGUGAAAUAUAUCCUGCUCACUGUUCAUAGGAUUAUCCUCCCAUCUCGGUUUACCCUCUUCCGACCCCGAAACCUGGAAAAAUCCUGCAUCGAUGUGAAGAUAAUUUUUUUUUCAACAUUAAUGUGAUUUCCAAGUUCAGUUUUUGAACAGUGACUGGGAUUCUAAAAGAACUGGCUGCUAUCUGGCGUUGAGCCAGGCAAAACUGGUCUGCUACAAUUCCUUCCUUUUUAAGUUAUUUGGUGGAAGACUAAUCUAAUUUAUGAUUUAAGACUAUUGCUAGAAUGCAGAAGAAGAGGGUACAUUGUAUAUGGGGUGUUUUUCAAGCAGAACUGUGGGAAUCUUUUAUUUUUAUUUUUUUCAGAGAUCAACAGCCUCUCUUUGCAACUUCUUCUGAGCGCUGGAUUUCGUGUAAUGAUCCAAAGGUCACAAGUGCAGUGUAUUGUGGGAACUCAAUUUGAAAUACUCAGCAUAUGAGUGGAUUGACUGUUUAUUAAAAAAAAUGACUGGCAAGGCAGUGGAUAACAACUUUAUACUAUGAUUAACGCAUUUCUUAAAGGUGUUGGAAGGAAUGCAAGGUGAACAUGGAUUCAAAGGGUAAACACUGCUACCAUUUUCAUUAUUAAUGUCAGAGUUUUAUUGCUAGGUUAUUUAUAUGUCCUAGGUUAUAAGCAAUGGUUUAGGACUGCCAGCCUCACAAGGACUCACGAGGAGGGGUCCUGGUUUUUAAUGAUCCACACAUUGCGAUGCAAAGUCAGAAGCUUCAGAAGAUCAUCCAACUUCUUGUAGCUUUUUGGGGGAGUGUGUAGUUUUAUGUCUUUUUCGUUGUGAGAGGGACAUAAGCACAGUCACACAUUCUCAAAAUGAGUUGUAGACACUGGUUUCUUUAAAAGGAAAGAGGCAUAUUUUGCACCGACAUUGUUACUGAAGUCAUAAUUUGCCACUCUUUAAAGAAUACACUGGACCUGGCCAAAAAAUUUUACAGCUGAACUUACCUGAUAUAAGAUUGUUGUGGAUUUAUUCCACCUCCUUCUGGAGGAAGAAAGAGAGAGAGAGAGAAAUGGCACUUUUAAAAUGCAGAAUAUCUUUAAUGCAGAUUCACUCACAAAUCUAAGUUAUGAUGAAGGUUUUGCCAUUCGCUGUUCUAACAGACCUGCAAGGUUUUGUAUAAUACUGUAUUAAUAUGCAGGCAAAUUCCACUACAUGAGGAACACCUAUGAUUGCCACACUUGUAUGUAUUGAAAUUGUGGAUUCUUGCCAGUGCUGGCUGUUGUAUUUACUUUAAGCAUUGAUCACUUCUGAUUCAUUUGGUAUGGUUUUUUCCUCUUCCUUGUAUAUGUUCUUCUAUGAAGCGUAAUAAGAUACUACCAACAAGGUGAAUGUUUUUGUCUAUGGUACAGACAGUGGCCAAUAUUGGUAGACAGGACACAACAAAACAGGGCCCUAAGAGAAAAAAAAAAAUCUGAACUAGCGGAAGAAAAACAGUUCAGAGUGAAGACCAGUUUAGCAACUCAUUUGCACUUGAUUAUUUAAGAUUAAUUCUCUUCGGACAAAUAAACGUUUCCAAUCUGUGA